UGAUGCAGUGCGUGCACAAAAGAUUUUAUUUACAAUUUCUAGACCAUCCCCCUCCCCCCCCCCCACCUGACCAAAGAUCGCGAUCGCACAAGUCGCUCAACAAUCACUUUUUUGUAACGGAAAUCCAGUUCAUUAUUCAACACUGCUCACAUUUUCAAAUGAACCGUUAUCAACAGUUGAUCGUCAAGAAUUUUGUCCAAAUUUUUAAAUUCUUUUCUGAAUUUUUCACAAAUGAAUAAUUUUUUCAAUCGAGUCAAGUGGAAACCACCGCGCUCAUCGUCAGGGUGAGGAGAGCGUCGAGCAGGACGAUGACCUGAACCUGCUGAUUCCCACCCUCGACGUGAUUUCCACCCCGAACGCGGACGGUCCUGUCUCCUGUCCUCCGGCAAGAUAUCAGGAGAUGAGGCCGAACGGUGAGAGUGUCUGCUCUGCUCGCGUCUGUGGGGGACGAAUAUGGGCAACCCUGUCCCUCGCAGACCGGGCUGACGCCAUCUGAAAGCCCGACGAGGAUCGGCAUGGACACUUUCAGUGGCCAGCCUCGGACCACGGUUGUGCUGGUCUGCGAGUGCAUGCAGCAUGUUAAUUGUGCUGGUAAUCCAUCGGUGGUGUGCAUGCACUCGGGAGCCUCGGCGGACAACCUGCCAAAGGGCCAAGAGAUGGAGGUAGAGGCAUUUUUUGAGGUCGUUGAGGACACGCCGCUGGUGACGAGUGGAGCGGAAUUCUUCCCGGAAUCCCCGGAGCAUGCAAAAUUACAAGGAGCGGAGCUCGUCAACCCAUCUCUUGGAAAAAGUCAUCAAAGUAUGUGCAACUUCUCAGAAGAAGACAGUAAAAAGGAAAAGAGUCCGAGUCAGACGAGCACGCCAACACCCUUGAUGCUCGGGGCCAACUUGGCCCCGACGACUUGGUCGAGGACUCGCUGCUUGGAAGAGUUCAUCAACGGUUGUUAUCGCUGACACCAAGAAGAGUGCCAGCGAGGCAUUGGAAACCAAGACAAAGAGAAGAGGCGCCCCGAAGCAGAACCUGAAGGAGAGCCUGCAAAGAAGAUCCGCAGGCUCAACCCUGAUUCAUCUUUGAUCUUCGUUGCUGCCACCAAUCAGCUGCGGCAGCAGUUCUGCUUCGUUGAGCCCCAGGCUAGGCAACCCACCAGCAACGCCAUCAGCUAUGGUUUUGGCCCUACCUCCUCCUACCAAACUUCUGGCAGUGCCGAGGAAUGCCUACGUCAUUUUUACCAUCAUUGAAAGGCAGAAACGAGGAAGGAAAAUGACAAGCAAGGAUCUCUCCAGGUUGUGGAAACGUGUGGACCAGGAACCAAUUCUACAGACUUGCAGAAAUUGAGAGGAGAAAAUUCAAAUCACACCCAAGAAACAAGAAAACUGAUUGAAAAAUUGGCACAUUAAAUUAUCAAUAUUUUUUUUCAAUCUUAACAUAUGCAUUUAAUUAAAAUAACUUUCAUUCUUAUUCACAAUACAUCACAGAUUUGCGCAAAGGGAAAAUUUAA